ACAGCCUCAGUGUUCAGUCAGUCAGGGCGGACAGAAGGACCUGUUGGGAGUGUGUCUUGUGCUGUCAUCGGGCUGGAGAGGUCGGUCAAGCCAUUCAGACAGACAGACAGAUAGAGGCGAAGUCAUCUGUGUGUCAGUCCUCCGGCCAUUCAGACAGAGACAAGCGAAGUGCCCUGCGUCAGUCUACAGAGGACCAGACACGCCAAGCAACAGUCUGUCAGUUUGAUAACCAUCUCACCAGUCUCCCAGCCAGCCAGCCAGCAAACGCAAGCAAUCAGUGACACAAUCCACAUCAGCCACUCAGCCACCUCUGUGUCGACCAGCCAUGUGGUUCCUACGGCUCGGGGCAGUGGCGAUAGUGGCGGCGGCGUCGGCGUUGGACACCCUAGACACGCCAGACUACCAUAUAUGUGGCAACAGACUCUUCAACCAGUUGAAAGAUAAGCUUGACACAGACAUGAACGCCUUGAAUAUGAAGUUAAUGAACGUCACUCUCAAAGUUGAGCAGCUGUGCGCGGCCACACCCAGACCAUCGAUAUCUCAAAGACCCCAGGAAAUCUCAGGCUCUAAUCUGAUGCUGACACUGUUGCAUAAAAUUGAGACUAUGGAGGAGACACUGAACCAAAUGCAGAGGAAGCUGAGCGUAGUGGAGAAUAGACCAACAGUAAUAAUGGAGGAGGAGUUUCGGCCCCAGAUUCCACAAGUAUACAGAACGACUACACCCCGAACAAUGACGGGAGACGAGAGAACAGAGCAGCAGUGUGUCACCAGGCAAGAAGUUGAAGAAAUGCUUAAUGCGAGUGUAAAACUAGUGGUGGGAUCAAUUGAGGAGGCGCUGGGGCAGUGUGCUAGCGAGGACAAGGUGAAGGAGGUGCUGGACGAGGUGGUGGAGGUGCAGGAAGGCGUGGAGCAAGUGGCUGCGGUGACGGGACAGGCGAGGGAAGAGGCCCAGAGGUGUCCGCUGGAGGGCGCUGCUCUAGUGACCCAAGAAGUGGCGGCGCUGAAUGGAAGCGUGCACAAGAUGGAAGCGAAUUUUGUGGAGAUGACCAAAUUAUUACAGAUGAGCAUAGAAGAAAUUUUAAACUUCACACGUCUCCCUCCACCAACCCUGCCACCCACCACCACUACCACCACCACCACUACCACCCACAUCCCCACCACCCCCACGCCGCCAGGAGCCGUCUACCCCUGCGAGGACUCCACCUUUCCCGGCAGUCCUGGGUAUGACGUGUGCCAGGCAGCCGUGCGGUUCAACAGAUGCCGCCUGCAGACCGUGGCCUACCACUGUUGCCACACGUGCACCUCUCACAACAAACUGCCGGAGAUGGGGCCGUGGCGCUACGAGAACGCCAGCAGAGUUGUAAACACCCUUAAUGUGUUGAGAUUCUUUACCCUGUGAUGGAGCGGUGGUAGAGUUAAUGUUGUGUCUUCCUGGCUGGUUUCUUCGUCAGGAGGAUCUUGUUUCCUUCCCAGACGUGUCCCAAAGUGGUUCCUUACACUUUUGUGGGAACGUAAGAGGAUCCGCAGUGGGGAGGGGAAGGAAGAGCUAGCAGUGUGUAUUGUAAUCAAAAUAUCAAAUAUUUCCCUGCUUACUGGACAUAAUAAACUGAAAACAAAA